AUGGAACAAGCAGAGUAUUUUUUUACGACUUUCGUGGCAAAUUUUACCACAAUAUAACUUUUUAGCUCUUAUUUUUUAGGUAGCUGAUGGAACAACCCAGUUGACCCUGUGGAAUCCGACGAGAUCCUGCGCACGGAAGACGACACAUCAGAUUUUGAGGACCAAAUUGAAGCGAGUUUGAACGUUGAGUUGGGUUUCAGCGACGAUCAGGUAUGUUUUUCUUGUUGUUCUUGAAAUUUAGGUAUGAAAAUUGAAAAAGAAGUAGAAAAGUUUGUUGAUGCUCUAGUAUAAGGCGUGAAAUUAAAGCCUUGAGCUUUUGAAGUUUAAUAAAAGUGGAAAUCAGCCAUUAGUGACCUAGAAAUUACUGGAUUUGGCAAUAAAUCUCAAUUUUUUUUAGGAAAAUCCGUCGGAAGAAGCCGAAGAACUUCUUGAAAAUGAUGUGAACAAACUCGAAAUUCCUUCAGAAAUUACAGAACAGCUAGAAGCCAUUCGGAAAAUCGCAAUUUCUCCUCAAAAACAGCUCGUGGAAGAGGUCUUGGCUCAAAAUCAAUGUUCUUCGAUCGACAAUAGGCAAAGAAGAAAGUAAGUGGUAACCGUUAAAAUAAUGUGGUUUUAGGCGACACAUUGAACAACAACCUGGUCCCCGCAUCGAAGAAUAA